AUAAUAAUUCCUGUUGGAUGGAGACCUGUGGCCGGAUACUAAGACAACCUAAGAUGACACUCCUGUAAAAUGCGCAGGGCGUCACAUAAUCAGUCGUCAACAUGGCGUUGAACAGUGCACACGCAGGGAAAGGUGUCCUUAUUUACGCUGGAGAAUGCAUCAUCCUCUUCUGCGACCAUGUGUCGAUGGAGUUUGGGGGCAACCUCCCACCUGAGAUGAAGGGCUCCAAGACUGGCCGGCUGUACCUCACCACACACCGCAUCAUCUUCAACAACAAGGAUGCCAAGGAUAAGCUUCAGUCGUUCGCGUCGCCCUUCUUUUCGCUCAAGGGAGUUGAGUUGGAGCAGCCAGUGUUCGGAGCCAACUACAUCAAAGGGACGGUGCAGGCACAGCCCCAUGGAGGCUGGUCAGGGGAGGCCAAGUUCAAGCUCACCUUCAAGCAUGGUGGAGCCAUCGAAUUUGGUCAGGCCAUGCUCAAGGUCGCCUCUCUCGCCACCCGCAACAUGGACUCCAGCUUCCGAGAUGCCCCACCUCCUUACACCCCCCCAUCAGCCCCAUGGGCACAGGCUCCUCCCCCAGCUUAUGCCCCACCCACAGGAGGUUAUGCAGGAUGGGUGCCUCCUACUGCCACCUUCCCUGAUCGACCACCAGCGGAUGGUGUCUUCAUGUAUGAGGCUCCCCCUCCCUACCCUGGGCUGAGCGGCCACAAUGGUUACAAUGGGGCUGUCGGAUUCACUACUUCAGCUGCAGAUGCCAAGGCCCAGGAGGCAGCGCAGAGUGCUUACUACGACCCUAACAAAUCCAACAGAUACUGCAAUUUCAUAGAUGACACCCCACUCUGCACAUCCAGUUCAAUGCAUCGCACUCGCGACCAACCACUUUCUCUCGUUGACAUGGCAAGCUUGGGAUUCAAAGGGGGAGAUUACCUUAAAGAUGUACUAAGAGGUCCACAAUCAUGGAACUUGUAUGUGGAUGAAUGUCGGGGAUGGCAUGCAAAUUGUUUAGGAACUGCACAUGUGUCUAGAGUGCUAUGGAUGUCAGCAUUCACACAUACAAGCAUUGGUCCUUCCUUUAAGAUUAGGUUUGGUGGUUGA